GCAGCCGCCGCUGAGGAAGCCUUUUAGGACCACGCGGCUUCCGGAAAAUUCAUCUGGAGCACGCAGGCGCUCGUCAUUAUAAAAUCAGAGUCUGUUAACAGUGGGGGCCAUUGACUGUGAACAGGCAAAAUAGGUGAGACCCGACCCAUGGCUUCCCCGCGUACAAUCACCAUUGUCUCCCUUUCAGUGGCUCUCGGCCUAUUCUUCGUUUUCAUGGGAACGACUAAACUGACCCCCAGGCUCAGUAAGGAUGCCUACAAUGAGAUGAGGAGGGCAUAUAAAAGUUAUUUGAAGGCUCUACCAGGACUCAAGAAGCUGGGCAUCUCUUCCGUGAUUAUGCGAAAGACCAUCGGAUCCUUAGAGCUCGCUUGUGGAAUUGUCCUCACUUUGGUUCCUGGGCGACCCAAAGACGUGGCCAACUUCGUCCUUCUGCUUUUGGUACUAAUUGUCCUGUUUUUCCACCAGCUUGUUGGAGAUCCACUAAAACGUUAUGCACAUGCACUGGUCUUCGGCAUUCUUCUCACCUGCCGUUUGCUCGUAACGCGUCAGCCAGAAGAGGAACCUCAUGAAAGAAAAGCAUUACAUAGAGGCAAUGGUGCCAGCUCUCAAGACAGCAAGAUGAAGGUGUCUUAAAAUGUUUGCCAAGGAUUCUUUAGCGUUGAUUAACAUUGUUAACUGCUCUAAGCAUUCACAGUCCUGUAGAAAUACAGGUAUAAUACCUAUUUUAUUUUUUAAGUACAUAUUUUUAGCAUCAUUGCAUGUGUACUUGUGGACAGAGAGCAAUAUCUAUAUUGUUUAUAUGUAAAAAUACCUCAGCAAAGACUCUGGGAAAAAAAAAAAGAUUGGGACAUAUCUGCGAUCAACCCUUAUAAUGCACAUUUUUAUUUUGUACAAUUUGUUUAUUUCAAUAUUUAUAAGCUAUAAGUUUAAAGUCCUACUUAAUAAAUAUACAGUUUACGAACGAAAAAUAAAAUAAAGUCCUCCAAAAGCCAUCUACAUACA